AUGCCGAAAUACAUAAGGGCCGCAGUGGUUUAUUUUUAUGUGCGGGAAGUUACCAAACUAUUGAAAAACUGGGGGGCGAGCAAACUAGAAUUGACUCAGGCCAAGUGCCCUUAUUCCUCUGGGACAGCGCCUCAACUGGGGAAGGCAAAGGCAAUCAUUAUUUCCAGCUUGCGGUCCCACUUGGUAAAAAAGAAACCUCCGCCAUCCGAAGAGGUUCCGCAGACAGGGACAUCGUCACCGCCACACAAGGAUAGCGUCGACACGAGUGAUCGUCCUCCGGGUUUCAAGAAACAGCAGAAAGGAUUGCGGAAAGACGCUCAGACGACAAGAAACCCUGUCGUGAGGUCGGGACUUCUGAGUCUCUUCAGAGUGGCCUUCCAGUUGCUUAUUCGAGAGAUGUGCGCGAACGAGGCGCAGAACUAUUUCUUUGAGGUGAAUAUUGACCCUCCCCCUGAUAUGCAGUGGAGCGCUGUUCCUGGCAGGAUGAGCCAGCCAGCGUUCGAAGCCACCACACUUGCACUUGCACUGUAUUAUGGAGCGCGUCAGCAUGGUCCCGUUAGAAGCAACAUUGACAGCCUACUCCGUACACGUACACUGCAUACCCGAGGUAGAGAUCAGAAGAUCGAUCCGCCAACCCGUAGAGCCGGGAUCAUAUUAUGCAGUAACCGCUAUAGUUUGUACUCCAGUCACUUGUCAGUAGUGACGCGUGAGUAUCAAUAA